AUGUCGACAUCGAAGCAUGGCAAGCGCCAAGAAGAAUACCUUCGCACUUUGUAUGAGCCUGACGUGCAGGGAGAGCUGGCCCAGCAUCUUAUUGACAUCGUAUUCGUACACGGGCUGAACCCCCACAGCAAUGCCGAUUUUGCCAAUGCUACCUGGACCCACGAGAACGGGAAUUUCUGGCCUACCAAACAGCUCCCGAAGCGUGUCCCAUCAGCUCGCAUCCUUGUCUUCUCCUACAACUCACAGGUAGCCUGGGACACCAGUAAGAACGGGAUUCAAAAACACGCCAAUAACCUGCUUGAUCGGCUCUCCGGAGCUAGAGAGUCCAGACUUGCUGAUAAAAACUACAGUGUACCCAUCAUCUUCGUCGCACACAGUCUCGGAGGCCUAGUGGUCAAACAGGCACUCGUCACUGCUAAGAUUGAUGACACAUACAUUAAUCUCAGAAAAGCAACCUAUGGCCUUGUCUUCUUCGCUGUACCCCAUCAAGGCGGCCAUGGAGCUGGUCUCGGCGCGAUCGCAAAGAAUAUCGUGUUGUCGCUGACGGGUGAUGCGAACAACGACCUCAUAGAGUCACUGAAGUCGAAUUCUCUCUUUCAGGAAAGCCAGACGGCAUUCUUUAAGCAUCAGCUGGAAGACUACCAGAUAGUCUCGGUCUGCGAGGACAAGCCAACGAAGCUUACCAGAUUUCUUGGCAAGGCAACGGCUUUGGUCGUUGUCGACGAAAGGUCUGCGACUUUGGGAUUGCCAGGCACUCGGGAAAAGCUUCUGACUGUCAACUCGAACCAUUCAGAGGUCUGUAAGUUCGAGGAUGACGAUGACAAGUUUGAGCCUAUCAAACGUGCUAUUGGAAUGCUGGCAGAUCAUGCUAUCGCCGAGCAGAAGAAGACUGCUGCCGAUCAAUCUCGCGAUCAUUUACACGCACAAGGAUAUGUCCAAAAAUUUCUCGAUGGCCUCCACUUCCCCGCAAUAGUGUCCCGUGAAGAAGAAAUUGCCGAUGCUCACCAAGAGACGUUUCAGUGGAUUUUUGAUGACUCCGGCGAUGCAGUGCGCCCUUGGCCCAAUUUCGUGGAGUGGCUCAAGACAGGCCGGGGAACAUAUUGGAUCUCCGGCAAAGCGGGGUCUGGGAAGUCGACUUUGAUGAGCUAUAUCUGCGGGGAUUCACGGACCAUGAGGUCCCUAAAGAUCUGGGCAGGACCAAAAGUUUCAACAGUGGUUACGCCGAGAUUCUUCUUCUGGAGUCCCGGCAGCCCGAUGCAAAAGACUUCCGUGGGAUUGCUUCGGUCUCUUCUCUAUCAGAUAUUUCAGGAGUAUCCUGAGAGUGUUCCACUGCCGACAAGAAACGAAUCCCUCUCAGAUUGGACGGAGAAACGGCUUCGAAGGAUUUUUCAGAACUUAACUCGUGAUAUAUCGAGCUCAUAUCGCAUUUGCUUCUUUAUUGAUGGACUGGACGAGUUCAGCGGUGAUCACGACGCACUGAUUGAGAUGUUUCAGGAGCUGGUGCAGGAUGAGAAAAUCAAAGUGGUACUGUCUAGUCGGCCGUACCCAACAUUCGAUCGAGCAUUUGGCUCCAGAGCUAUGCUUAAACUGCAAGACCUGACUAGAGCCGAUAUUAAGAAGUUUGUGUUGGAUAAGUUCUUCGCUCAUCCGAAAAUUCAGUCAAUGGCAGCCCAAGAGCCUCAGAAUGCCUUCGAGCACGACCUUUAUGAUUUGAUCAAUGAUAUUGUCUGGAAAUCUGACGGUGUCUUUCUUUGGGUCGACUUGGCUGUCAAGGACCUGAUACGAGGGAUCAACGAUGAAGACAGCCUAGAACAACUGAAAGAAAGGCUUGACUUCUUACCAACAAGACUUGAAGAUCUCUACGCACAGAUGCUCAGUAAAAUCGACAAAGUCCAUCAGGAAGAAGCGGCUUGGUUCCUACAAAUUGCACUUCAUCAGCAGUCGAACGCGUGUUCGCACCGGUCGAACGAUCUUCUCGACUUCACGCUUGCAGUCUAUAAAUGUCUGGACCGUGAUCUUGAGUCUUCAGCGGAUUUUCCUUCGCAAAAUGUGAUGGAUCAUUGCCAGUGGACGAGAAGAAGGAUCGCAACGACCUGCGCUGGCCUUCUUGAAGUCCACCAACCAACAUUCGGCAGAAGCACCGCGCAAAGUUCCCCAGAAAACACCAGUUCAGAAGACACCGAUCCAGAAGACACCGAUUCAGAAGACACCGAUUCAGAAGACACCAAUCCAGAAGACACGAUCCCAGAAGUCCAGUUUGUGGUCUCAUUCCUGCAUCGCACCGUCGCAGAUUUUCUAAACGAAUCCGAGCAAGGAAGAAAGUUUCUAGGUGCAAACACGUCACCAAAUCGAAACAUUUAUGUAGUAUGGGCCAAAGUGCUAGUGGCUAAAGUACGAAUGCUUGGGUUUACUCAGGACACAAAUUUGAUUGAAGCUUUAACCAUUGAAGACAUCAUGACAGCCGCCUCUGAUGCCGAAUACAAAACUGGUGUGGCUCAGACGGCAAUCUGUGCCUAUAUAGAGCUCGCCGUGACAAUCCUAGAUCAGAAAAGAGGAGUCCCUGUACCAGGGUCGCACUGGUGUACACGCAUAAAUAAGUGGGCUUCGCGUUGGAGUUAUGGAGUACGGUAUAGUUACUUGGAGCGUAGCCUAAGCAAUCAAUUUCGCUAUACCAGCAAUCAAGCUAAAGAAGACGGCUCGUCGAGGCCAGCGUCAGAUCGGCCAAUCGACUACCUUGGCUUUGCAGUGUCCAAUGGUUUGAAGUUGUACGUGCAGCAGCAAAUAACGUUACUCCCAGCCGACUUUCAAUCAUCUACAGCAACUUACUUGUUACGAUGUACAAUAAUUUCUUCUCGCUUCGACGACAUCGGCCCUUCGCAGACUUCGAGAUUCCUUGACCUCGUUUGUGCGCUUUUGAGACACGGUGCAAACCCAAACGUGCCGGUAUGUGAAAGCACUGUCUGGGGUCAUUUUCUGGCACGGAUGGUCUUUGCGAAGGACGACCGAAGAUGGAUGGACCAUGAGCUUGCACAUACUAUGGAAAGGCCCUGGAGAACAGCGUUCAACUGUUUCAUCGAGCAUGGGGCUGACACGAAUGGCAUACUUUCCAUGCAGAGGUGGAACUUCCUAAAGUUUGAAAUCGAAGAACGUGACCUUCACAGACUUCCGAAUGGUUCUUCGAGAUUUAGAAAAGUGCUAGGAAUUUGGUGCUACCUUCAAUUUCCCAUCAGUGUGUCUGUUCCAACACUGAUUCGGUACUACUUGGGCGACUCGCCCGACUCUGCAGAUAUUCUUUCAGCCUGUAUGCUCAAUGGUGCUUUUUAUCAUGCAAAAUGCACGGAAAUAUCCAUCGAAUUUUGA